CCUCUUAUAGGUCAUUCAGUUUAGUCGAAAUGCGUCCAUUGAUUGCAUUGUUGCUGUUCAUAGCGGCUGGUGCCUGCACCUUGUCAGUUUCUGCACAUCGUUCUUAUGAAAACUAUUCAGUGUACAAGGUUUUUAUUAAAAGUCGAUCGGACCAACAGGUUAUUGACCAACUCCUGGAGCAAACAAAUAAUUAUAACUUGUGGCACCGUGGCUUGCACGAAGUCCAUAUAAUGGUGAGUCCUAGUGCAAGAAAAAACUUCCUAAGGAAAAUGCAAGAGGAAAAUAUUAUAGUCAAACUAUUGAUAAACAACGUUCAGAAACUUAUAGAUGAGCAGGGGUAGUGAUAUUACACCUCUUUAAAUUUUUUUGGAAAUAGUGAUUCAUUACAAUUCGACAAUGUAAGUUUAAAAAAAAAAUUUCACCUUUCUUUGCUCAACGAAGAAUAUGGCCAAAAAAAUGGAAUUGCAACCAUAAUGAAUUUAGUAUGUUCUGAACAAGAAAUUAUAUGUAUUUCAAAAAGCAUUUA